UCGUGGAGGUGACUGAAGGCAACACGACCACAAUUGAAGGGAGAAUUAUAGAGGAUGCUGAAGCACCAACUCCUCCAAACCCCUCUGGCCAGUGUCCCAUCUGUCGCUGGAACCUGAAGCAUAAGUACAAUUAUGUGGACGUCUUGCUGCUGAGUCAGUUUAUCCGUUCUGAUGGAGGGAUGCUGCCACGAAGGAUCACAGGCCUCUGUUUGGAGGAGCACAAGAAGAUUGCCGUGUGCGUGCAGAUGGCUCACCGUGCAGGUUUGUUGCCAAACCACAGGCCUCCACUACCUGAGGGCCAUAUUCCCAAGAAACCCAAGCUCAACAGGUAUCUGACCCGCUGGUCCAUCAGAUCUGCAAAGCCCAUCUGGAAGAGGGGCCCCAAGUGGUGUAAAAAAACAUUUCCAGUCGGGCAUCCUUUGCUGAAGGAUAAUGUCAUGUAUUCCAGCAAGCCUCUUUAUUUAAACCACUAGUGGCCAGAACUGGCAUAGUAAGUACAGCUGUUUUCCACUGUUCUGCUUUUUUUGCAAGUUUGUCAGUAUCUCUAAUUUUCGUGUUCCAAAACUGUCAUUAGUUCUCUAUAUCAUCUCUAGUGAAUGAGCUGCAAUCUGCUCCUCUAGGAGAAUACAAGGUUCAGCAA